AUCUUGGUUGAAUGGGUAUAUAAUCCGAUAUGCUUUUGCAUUGGACCAAUUUAUCUUCGGGAUAUAAUAUGGUUCAGACCGGAGAAAACCAAGUUGGUCCAAUUUAAUUAGAAGCCAAUUUAUUUAUCUUCAGUGACGAACGCAGCACACCGUUUCAUCAACACCAACGAAAGAGAUAAAACGGCAACGCGUUUGCACUUGAAAUAGUGUCAAAAGGAAAGGAGUCCAAAAGGCGAAUUCAAGGCGCCAUUAAAUCUCGAGAGUGUUCUAAAGGCUUAUUUAGGGUUCUAUAAGCUUAGCUAGAUGACUUAGGAGGGUUUAAUACUUUGAUCUGCCGUUCUAAUUAAAGUCCAUUCCGAUUAGUUGCGUGAAGAGAUAAAAUGGUGGUGGGUAGACAGAAGAAGAAGACCAAAACAUGUGAACAUGGGAAGGAAGAUUUGUUAAGCCAGUUACCAGAACCUUUGAUAUCUGAAAUACUUUGUCGUCUGUCUACCAAAGAUGCUGUCAGAACAAGCCUUUUGUCCACAAGAUGGAGAAAUCUUUGGCGAUGGGUUCCUGAUUUGGACUUAGAGUCAGAUUCAUUUUCCAAGUCCAACUUUGAUGCCUUUGUGAGUUUCGUUGAAAGGUUUCUUGUUUCCCACAGGGACAGGGAGUUAUGGAUACGCAAACUCCGGCUAUGUUUUGGUUACCAUCAUCAUCGUCCUAUCUGUGAUCUCACGUCAUGGAUUGAUGUUUUGACUACGUGUAGGAUUCAGCAUCUUGAUGUUUAUUGUUGGAGCAAUCAUGACAUACAGAUUCCCCUGAAUUUAUAUACCUGUGAGACACUGGUACACUUACUACUCUGCUAUGUCACCUUGAGUAAUGCUGAGUUUGUUUCCUUACCUUGUCUGAAGAUCAUACAUCUAGUAGAUAAUACCUAUCCCAACGAGACCACUUUGCAGAAACUUAUCUCAGGCUCUCCAAUUCUGGAAGAUUUAACCAUCACCAGAUCUUGGAAUGAUGAUGAUAACGCAACUGUUUUACAACUGCGCUCUCAUACACUAAAGAGAGUCGAUAUUGAUGAGUUCACUCAAGUUGUGAUUGAUGCACCUCUACUCCAGGCUUUGAAGGCUACGGUCUCAACAAAAAACUUUCAGAUCGUUAAUUUGGGAUCCUCUGCCAAACUAGAUAUUGAUUACUCUGGCCAUGCGACAUGCAGUAGCAGCAUGAUUCAUGACAUCAUCACCGACAUGUCGAGGGUCAGGGAGCUAGUAAUUGGCAAUGCUAUUUGGAAGGAAAUCUUUCAAUACUCGAAAUCAGAACCAGCAUUGCUUCAGUUCCGUGACCUAUCCCGUCUGAAUGUUCAAUUUUCUAAAUCUGAUAUUGAAUUAUUGCCACUCUUUCUUGAGAGCUGCCCAAAACUAGAAACUUUAGUAAUGGAAUUGGUUACGGACCGAUCCAUGCGUGGUAAGAAGGAGCAAGAACCAAAGGUGAUGUUUUCAACAGUUCCCCAGUGUUUGGUAUCAUCGCUCAAGUUUGUGCAAUGGAAACGUUCGAUCUCUGGGUAUGAAGGAGAAACGGAGCUAGUAAGAUACUUCUUGAAGAAUUCAAAAAUCGUGGAGAAAUUAAGGCUCGAUAUAUACUAUACCGAAAAGGCUAAGUGUGCCUUGCUGCAAGAACUCCUUACAAUGCCAAGAUGCUCUAGUGUUUGUGAAAUUCAUUGCUCUGUGAUUCCUAGAGAUAAAUAUCGUCGAACAUUUCGUUUCAAAGGUUGAUCUUUUGGUCGUUAAAUUAGUUGAUUUUAGAUAUUAGGCUCUGAUCCACAAGCAAAUAUUGCAGUUUUAGUCUUUCUUAUGUGGUUGCUACUCAUGUAACAGUCAUUACCACCUUUAUCUCUUAUUUGAUGGAUAUCUCC